UUGUGGAGAGACGAGGAUUUUACCCAUCCAGUGAUGACAAGGUGCGUCUUGCCAAGAAUGUUGUCACCACGUUUCCAAAAUUGAGUGUCAAAAUCCAGGAACACAAUGAAGGAUAUGAACACUACUAUGAUCCAGCCUCUCACAGCGGUUUCAUUGAAAUGAAACUUCGAAACCUGAGAAGGGACAUGGAGGAAAGCCAGAAAAGAUAUCGCCGGAAGAACAAAACCUGUGGCACUGUAACUCUGACUUUGACCUCGUCUAUGGCAAACACAGACGAGGAUGUGAGUGAGUGGGUAACCCUGGCAAAGAGAAUGAAGCCCUCACCUGAAAACCUCUCAACAAUAAAGCGUGCUAUGGACCGGACCUACACUCACAGAAGAAUAUGGAUCACAACACAAUCUCCAUCAUUGGCUGAGAUAUUUAAUCAGUAUCCACGAUUCGUUGACAUUACACACCUGUUGGAUUUAGACUUCGAUAAACAGUUCGAGGGGAAGGCUGAUCUUUUCCUUCGCAAAUGGGAGACAAAUAUCAUCCCUAAGCUGAUGAAGGUUGCUGCAUUGGAGAUGUCUGAGGAUCUGGAAAAUCCUUCAACCACCGGGAACAACAGUGAUGACAUGCUUUGCUUCAAAGCACUUCAGGUGCUCACGCACCUUCUUCCACCAACGGCAUCAGGACGAGGGGCUGGAUGGAGUCGCUGCAGUGUUAAAUCAGCCAUUUCCUACCUCAUGGACUUUGUGCAACCUGGAACGAGCAUUUCAUCAUUGCUUGAUAAUCCUGAUCCAUCGAGGGGCCACCAGCCAAGCAUCGUGUGCAUUGGACACCCAAGUGGAGCUGCCCAGCAGUAUCUGAUCGUCGCCAAAAGUGACAAGAUUGCUGUGCCACUUGGAGAUGAAGGGCUGACCUGCGCAAUUGACAAGCUCUUCAAGAUGUAUUGGGUUUGCAAUCUUAAGUACCCUGUCCAACUGCAGUCUGUCUUCUCCUUCCUGGAGCAUAUUUAUGAAUUACCAAUUUCUGUAAACAAAAGAUCUAAAGUUAUUGAGCUUAUCUCCAAGCUCCAGGCUAUAUCAUAAAUAAGCCAUGUAUGUGUGCCCAAGGUGCAAGCGCGUCAUUGGAGGAGAAGCCAGGAAGCUUAUCCGGCAUCUUAGAACCUUUCAUGCUUUAUCAGAUUCCCAAGACUUUCAAAUUGUAUGUUGCCAGAACAACUGCCAAAGAACAUAUCACAAUCUAAACUCCUAUAGAAAACACCUUAAGAAAGACCAUUCAAAAGUUAUAUCAAAUGAACAAAUUGAUUAUGUCCCAGGACACUUGGAAUGUUGUAAUAUGUUGAAUGAUGAUGAAAUUGAUAAUGAACCAAUUCCAGAAGAAGCCACAGUAGAUCUCAGAACAGCGGAUUCAGCAACUCUUAAUGAUUGCGCAUCUGCAUUUGUAGCCCAAAUGUAUUCCUCACCUAACACAACUCUCACUGAUGUGCAGAGGAGUGUUACAUGUGCCAAAGAAGUCCUAGACCGAACUAUAGACAUUGUUGAAGAGAAAAUGCUCUCCUUUAUAGAUGCCCAUUCUUUACCUCAUGAUGACGAUGCUUUUAAAACUUUGAUGCAAGAAUUGGAAAAUGGGAGGAAAAUGUUUGAAGAUGUUGACACUCCCUAUAAAAUGACCAAAUACUUCUCUGAUAAAAAGUGUCUUGUGAAACCAACAGACAUAUUCUUAGGGCAUAGGGCAGAUACUGCCAGAAAUGGACAAAUGACACAGGUGCUGAUGUCAGACACAUGUCAGUACAUUCCUAUUAUUGACACCAUCAGAUUUCUUUUUGGCAAAAUGCACAAAAUGGGAGCUGUGUAUUUUUCCUUGAGGAACUUGCCUGCAGAGUACAACUCAUCUCUGGCAAACAUUCAUUUGUGUCUCCUUUUUAACUCUAUAGACAAAGAAACCUAUGUGUAACUGCCUCUGUGUCAGUCAGCGCGGUAUUUCUGAGUUAUUUAUUUUGGUAGGAACCAAAGUUCUCUAAGGCGGAACCUUUGUUUUUGUAUCGCCCGUUUCCGUCAGGACAUACUUUAGCGUAACACUCAUCAAAAAAAGUCCGCUGAUUUAGUACAUGUUUUUCAGUGCUGAUGCAUCUGCAAAAUAGCUCUUAGCAUCAAGAUAAACAAUCCUACAGAGUAAUGCCAAGCUACACAACUUUCCUCUUGCAAUGCAGCUACUAAGGUAUGUUUUGCUGACGUUUUUUGUGUGUGUUUUCUGUUCUUGUUUGUAUAGGGUUGCCAACUAUCAGAAAUUAAAAUAAGGGACGCUCACCACGGGCCCGACUCCUGUGGGGCGGGGCACCCGCAGCAGUGGUAUGUUUUAUUUUGUGCUGGUGUUUUUAGUAAAGGGUUGAUCAAGAAAGGAAUUAGUCAUACUUAAAGCUUGAAAUGCUUUAUUAUCACAUAACAUUCUCUUAUAAAGUGCAGUCAAUUAAAUCUUGAAUGAAAUCUCUUUGUGUGGCUUGUGCAGCAAUGAACUUUUAAAAUAUAAACUAAAUAAACGGAGAACUUCAUGUUACUUUUUAAGUGCAUAACUAUAGGGACUCUCUUUGAACAUUUUUACAAAAAAAAAACAGUACAAAUAAACAACAAAAACACUUACAAACUUAUGUAAAAAAAGAAAGUGCAAAACAUUACUCCUCCCCUCAAAACUGUUACUUCUUUUUCCAGGUGUACUUCUUGUUACUCCUUGCAGCACUGAGUAACUCUUUGUCUUUCAAAGCGCUGUUGUAAAACUCUGAACAGGACUGCUCAAAGUUGAGAGUGAUCAGCAGCUCACUUCUCAUGAGCUCUGUGGAGCACCUAUUCCUGCAGUCACUCCAUUUGUUGGCCAUUCUGGAGAAGAUCCUUUCCACACAUCCAGUGGAUGCUGGGAUGCUCAGGAUGUGUCUGGUGAUAGACAGCAUGUUUGGCAGGUCAGCUACUCGAAAGAGAGCCACCAACCUGGCAGCCACACCUUUGGACUUCCAUUCAUCUUCAGCAUCUUCUUUGAGCUUCUUCAGAAUGGGUUUUGCUGUGGAGCAUUCAUCAUAAAGUUCAUCCAUGUUGACUUUAUGGAUGACGUUGAGCUUGGUGGUCACCCUCUCAAUGUCAGUAAAGGUCAUGGUGCCAUGGUGCAGAGAGAGAGGUUGCAGUGAGAACAACCAGUAGUCUUCCGAAAAGUUGAACCAUUUCUCAACAUAUGAGAGUGCUGUGUUGAGGAAUACAGUAAAAUCUGCCCUUGCCAUGUCAGCAUCAAGUGGACGGAGACGCUGCAGCUUCAAUUUAGUUAAGUAGCCAUAGAACUGUUAAUCUCGUCUCUGUGUGAGCUUUUGCUUGAAGUUUUCCAUGAUGGAAUAUAACUCAACACAGGUGGUUUCAUCACUCUCCAGCUUCUUUACAACUUCCUCAAAGAGAGAGAGGAUAUUAUUGCAGAAAAGAAGGUAAACCUCCACAAUGUCUCCAUCUUCCUCAGUUGAGUCCUCACUGAAAUUGAACAAUGCUCGAAGUUGUUUGGGACACUCCUCCCCCCAGGCUGAUGAAGUACGAUUUCAGUGCAAUCCAGGUUUGCAUUAGCCGGGUGAUGGCUGGAUCAAGGGAGAGCCACCUGGUUGUGACAUGUCGCAGAAUUUCCUGGAACGCAACAUCACAAAACCUACAAAACUCUUUGAGUGAUUCUCUUCGUUUGGCAGAUGUGGAAAAGAAGGCAUAGACCUUCAGCACAACAUUUUCCACAUCUACAGUGAGCUGGUCAAGAGCAUGCUUCACUGUGUUGUGCACAAUAUGGGCAUGGCAGUUUCCUUGCAGCAGAUCUUUUUAUUACUUCUUCCAGUUGGUGAAGACAGAGUCUUGAAUUCCAUAAUUCACAUUUGUGUUGUCUGCAGUGCACUAAAUGCUGUCACAUGAUCCAACGAUAAGCCAAAUUUGUCAAGCGACUGCUCAAUGAGAGCUACAAUCCCAGCAGCGGACUCAUCUGCAUUUUCAAUGAAAUCCAGCAUUUUGUUGGUGACCCCGCAUUCUGGACUGAAGUAUUGAACAGCAAGGGGGAACAUCUUCCUGUUGCCUUUAUUUGAUGCAUCUGUCUGAAUGGAAAAUGGGAGGGGUUUAUCUGAUGUUAGGGCCUUGAGAACAUCAGCCACUGCCUUUGGAGCAAGGACAUCUUUAAUCACUGCCUCUGCCUUUGUUCUCCCUAUACAUUUUUUUUUACAAUUUUUGAAUCCAGGAGAACCUUUUGAUUCAGUUUAUGUGCACAGUCAACACUGUUGUAGCUGAGGUUGUGUCUGACUGUGUGGUACACCUGUGUCACCUCAGCUGCGGUAAUAUAGAGAGGAAGAGUGGGAUGACAUAUUGUUGAUUAAAUUGAACAUUUGUCUGCUCCCUGUCUUAUGACUUGAAAAGAAGUCAGGUCAUCCAAACAGUUAAACCACACUAAUAAUAUAAUUGAUGUAAUGAUCACUGAACACUGCAUUCCUCAAAAAUAUAAAAAUUGUGACACAGAAUACACAGAAAGCUCUACAAACAUUUUUAAUCUAGGAAAUGUAUGUAUAUUAAAGAAUAAAGGUUUUCUUUUAACAAAUGUAUUUUUUUAUUUAUUAACUGUUAAUCCAUUAGUAUGAUUUGUUCUUUAAAUGGCCAUAUAUAAUAUUUAUAUACUUCUGUAUAUUAAAUAAAUGGUCGUUCAUUCGACUUUUAAAACUCAACAUCCUAAACAAUCAAUCAAACCACAACAGUUUACUAAAAUAGGCUCUGCCCAUGCACUGCGAUGUUCUGGCAAAAGCACAACCAGAUAGGAAAUCAAUCACAACAUAAUGUCCCAUACCGUAUCAACCUCAGGAGAUGAUUGGGGUAUGAAGAACUGUGACACUGACGCUUGGGUCUUCUGUGAUCUUUCGUGUCUGCAGUGUUGCUCUCCUGUUGCAUGCUGUCUGAUGUCAGACAGCCCACCGUGCGCCACUGAAAACACUCGUCGACAUAUUUUACAACUUGCCUUGUAAACAUCUCCAUUGACGCUGUCCAGCCAAGGAUGUGCGUCUUCCCACUCACGUCCGUACUUCUGCAAGCGUUUACGCUUUUGAGGACGUGGUGGAGUACCGGGUGUAGCGGGCAUUUUUAAAAGGCGCGGGUUUUGUGAGCAGCGCCGGUGUGUGGUGUCUGUCGCUAGGCAACCGCGACCACCACACGCAUGCGCAGACACACAGAUGACCGGAGCGGGUCUUGCGUAGAUCCCGCCGCGACAAUUUUGCUGACCGUAGUAUUCCCUGUGUUUUGUUUUGAUCAUUAUUGUUAGAUUUAGUAUUUGUGUGUGUGACAGACAUGUGUAUUGGACAUUUAUGGAAAUACGGAACAAAUUGCGUCCCGUAUUGGUUCAAUACGGGACGCAACAUUUAAUUGCCAAAUAAGGGACGAUUCCGUAUUUUACGGGACGGUUGGCAACCCUAGUGCACACUAACACAUUGAAAAGUAGCUAACAAUUAGCAUCAAGCUAGCAGACAUUAGCAUGUCCAAUUUAUACAUAAGCCACACUCCAGCUGUCCUACAUCAUGACGCAAUAUUGAUCCCCUUUAUAUGAGGAUGCAUAUUAUAUACUGAACUUGGAAGCCAAGUCAUACACCUUGAAAACAAGUAGGCCUAAAGAUAGCAAAAUAUGCGUGGCCAUUUUAUCAGUUUGACUACCAAAUGAAAUAGGCCUAAAAAAUGAUCCCGGUUUAAAAUACACAGGGGGCCGGAGGCGAAAUAUAGCCUUAAUAUAAGAAACUAAAUGUUAAAAGAAAUACAAAAGUUGACUUACUUACCGAAUCACAAGAGGAUGCAGGUUUCAAACAGACUCCUUGCACCGUUGAGACGAGACUGUGCAGUGUGUACCACGUCGGCUUUAUAGGCUAUGGUGGGGGAGGGUCAAUUUACCAGAAAUUUACACCUGAAGUGUCACUUCCAGGUUUGGAGUUAAGUGUUCAAUUAUUCAGAGUUAAUUUUACUACAAUGACACUUACAGAUUUGAU